AGAUGGUCCGGGCCAAGUGGGCGCGUCAGGCCCGGGUCGCCGGGAUCUGGUGUCCGCUGCAGCUGGCAGUGCGGCGGACGCGGGCACCGGCACAGCGGCCGGCAGGGCCGGCUAUUAAUAACGCUCCGGGCGAGCCCGGGGUCGGGCAGUCAUGGCCAGUCCGGAACCCCUGCGCGGUGGGGACGGCGUCUGGCCUGCGAGGGAAACAGGCACAGAGGCCAGUUCUCUUCAGGACGCCGAAUCCCCGAAGGAGGCCAUGACUUUGAGCCCAGAGGCUACUCUAUCUUUGGAGGGGGCUGUGAACCUAGAAGACAUUCUCUAUCUGGGGGACUCGGUGGACUUUGAAGAGAGCCUCUACGUGGAAGAGUCUGAGAAGCCAGAGGAGACACUAUGUAUCGAUGAAUCGAGGCAGCCGGAGGAGGCUCUGGAUCUGGAAGAGCCGGUGAGUUCAGAGGAGCCCCUGUUUGUGGAGGAACCCGUGAAACCAGAUGAGGUACAGUUGUCCCAGGAGCCUGUGGAGCCAGCUAAGAACCCAAGCCCGGAGCAGACUGCUUGUGAGGGAGAGAUGGUGGCACAGGAGGAAAGCCUUCCGGCUCCACUGAUUCCCAGCACAGAGGAGGACCUCAGCAUGGAGGACCUGGAGUUGCUGGAGGGCCGUUUCGAGGAGUGUGUACAGGCUGUAUCCCAGUUGGAAGAGGAGAGGGACCAGCUUAUCCACGAGCUUGUGCUGCUCCGGGAACCAGCUCUGCAGGAGGUGCAGCAAAUCCACCAGGACAUCCUGGCUGCCUAUAAGCUGCACGCCCAGGCCGAGCUGGAGCGGGAUGGGCUCAGGGAGGAGAUCCGGAUGGUGAAGCAGAAGCUGUUCAAGGUGACCAAGGAAUGCGUGGCCUACCAAUACCAGCUGGAGUGCCGCCAGCAGGACGUGGCUCAGUUUACCGAUUGCAAGGAAGCGCUGAGCACUCGGGCAGCCCAGCUCUCGGGAGAACUGACCCAGCUCCGCGACGCCUAUCAGAAACAGAAGGAGCAGUUGCAGCAACAAUUAGAAGUACCCCCAACCCAGAGCGAUGGGCACUUCCUCCAGGAGAGUCGGCGGCUGUCGACGCAGUUUGAAAAUCUCAUGGCAGAAAGCCGCCAGGGCCUGGAAGAGGAGUACGAGCCUCAGCUGCUGCGGCUUCUGGAGAGGAAAGAGGCAGGGACCAAAGCGCUGCAGGACACCCAGGCCGAGAUCCAAAAGAUGAAGGAGGCGCUGAGACCCCUGCAAGCCGAGGCCCGGCAGCUCCACCUUCAGAACAGGAACCUGGAGGACCAGAUCACACUCGUGAGGCAGAAACGUGACGAGGAGGUUCAACAGUACAGGGAGCAGCUGGAGGAGAUGGAGGAGAGACAGAGGCAGUUACGAAGCGGCGUGCAGGUCCAGCAGCAGAAGAACAAAGAGAUGGAGCAGCUGAGGACCAGCCUCGCUGAAGAGCUUUCAACGUAUAAGGCUAUGCUACCCAAGAGUCUGGAACAGGCUGGUGCGGCUACUUCUCAGGCAGGUGGAGUCGAGGCCCAAUCCCAAGGAACUGUUUAGAAAAUGUAUGGCCGGAUAUAUGUAACCCAGAAACAACAAAGCAUUUGUAUCAAAGCACCACCAGGGAUGGACUUUUCAAACAGGAAAGAGUGCCAGCAGCUGGCAAGCAAUUCAUCCUGUGAAAAUUACACACAUUGGUUGGCUUGCCCAGAGGUUUUAGGGUUGGCUGGAAGCAGAAUACCAGUCAACAGGUAUUAUCUGGAUUCUUUUCUGCAGACGGCUAGCACUGAUCUUAAUGCACUGUGGAAUAGGAAAUGAGCCUUUUAUCCUUCAGCAGCACACUGGGUAUAACAGAUGUAUCACAUAUGGCAAUAUUGUGAAGAUUAUUUAUUGCUUUGUGCUGACCCAAACCAAGAACAUUCAAGAGAAAAAGUUGGGGUCAAAAGGCAGCCAAUCUUUGCUGUAACAGAUCCACCACUUGAGUCCCUUUGAGCUAUGGGUAUGAGAUUUUAAAUGACUUUCACAAAGCUAUUUCCCCCUUAAUGUCUACACUCAAAUAUUUACUCCUUCUUUUUUCUUGACAGACCUCCAUUACAUAUAGCCCCGGCUGGCCUAGAACUCACAGAGAUCCGCCUGCCUCUACAGUACUGAGAUUAUAGACAAUAUUUUCAAGUAGUCUAGGCUGGUUUCUAACUUGUUAUGUAGGUCGGGAUGACCUUGAACUUCUGAUCUUGCCUCUACCCCAAUUACUAGGACUACAGGUGUCUGUCACCAAGACACGCCUCCCCACAUACACCCACAGCAUCACCAUGUAGUGAUCUGGCUGUCUUGGAACACAUCACAUAGACGAGGGCCUCAAACUCACAGAAAUCCUGCCUCUGCCUCCUAAGUGCUGGGGGGUUAAAGACGUGUGUCAUCACAGCCAGCCUGACACACAAUAAAACAAUGAGAACAGGAACCACUUUGAAACUGGUCCAGACACUUCAUUAUUCAGACUUUCAAACAAACAAACAAAACAUCACUGGUUUUGGAGGCAAGAGUCAUCUAGACAGCUCAAGCAAAAUCAGUCAUUUUGUCUGGUUAUUGCAUGUGGUAUUAAAGGCACUCAUAGCUAACCCUUUAAAAGUAAGUAGGGACUCCCAGUAGAAAACACUGGACAGAUACAAGGUCUCUAACACAAGCCUCUUUCAAAUUUAAAUUCUGCCUUAAAUUCUCUAUUAUACUGCCUUUGACAUCUUAGAAACUUGUGUAACUCUUUAGGGAAGACUUCAAAAAUAUGUAAUUUUACCAAGACUAGUUUGUGUACUGUUUGGUAAUGUCUUCACUUUCCCUGGCAGGAGUAAAGUUCUUUUUUUAUGCUUCUGGAUCAAUUACAUUUAUUUUAAUCUUGACAGUCAAGACCACGGAAAACAACUGUCAUCCAAAACAAAUCUUCAGGAAGCCGGAAACUGGUGAUUGAUGGAUAUUGAAAAAAACUUAGCAGCACAGGACACUUCAUAGAAAAGCAAUUUAUUCCAUUAUAAGCACUUACACAGUUAGUCAUAGAGAGUAACAGGCCUGAUGGUGAGACAGGUCAACCAAAAUGGAGAUGGCUUCAAACUAUAGUGGUCAAGGACUAACUCCUAAAAAAAGCAACUCUUAUCAAGGAUUAAUUUAAUUUUAAAAACAAUACAAACUAGCAAUUCACUUUCUCAACUUGACAGUUUACCAGUGGUAUGACUGUCAGUUAAAAAACAUACAUCUCACAACUUGGUGGUCCCAAGUUUCAAAAA